UCUAGGGGUCAGGGGUUGAGAGAGAUCUGCGAGGCGGGCCCUGGUGUCUCCGGAUGCUGGGGAUGCGGCUGUGUCUGCGGCCGGGCCGCGGCUCCUCCUCUUCUUCCCGCGGCAGCGGCUGACGUGGAGCCAGCAGCUCGGCGGCCACAGGAGGCGCUCGGCGCUCUCGGGGCCGCGCGGGGCCGGGCGGCGGCGGCGGAGGCGGAGGAGGAGGAGGGGAAGGCGUCCGCGAGGCCGGGGCGCCUGCAGCGCGAGGAGGCCAUGAACGGCGACCGCACCGAGAGCGACUGGCAGGGGCUGGUGAGCGAGUACCUGGUAUGCAAGAGGAAGCUGGACAGCAAGAAGGAGGCGCUGCUCAUCCUGUCCAAGGAGCUGGACACCUGCCAGCAGGAGCGGGACCAGUUCAAGCUCAUGGCCAAUCAACUGCGCGAACGCCACCAGUCCCUGAAGAAGAAGUACCGCGAACUGAUAGAUGGAGACCCAUCACUUCCCCCAGAAAAGAGGAAACAGGCUAAUCUUGCACAACUACUGAGAGAUUCUCAGGACCGAAAUAAACAGCUGGGAGAAGAAAUUAAAGAGCUUCAGCAAAGGCUUGCAGAAGUCCAGGGUGACAAUAAGCUCUUAAGGAUGACAAUUGCCAAGCAAAGACUUGGAGAUGAAGAAAUUGGUGUACGGCACUUUGCAGCCCAUGAGAGGGAAGACUUGGUUCAGCAGCUGGAGCGAGCGAAGGAGCAGAUCGAAUCUUUGGAGCAUGACCUGCAGGCCUCUGUGGAUGAGCUUCAGGAUGUCAAGGAAGAGCGGGCCUCCUACCAGGACAAAGUGGACCGACUGAACCAGGAGCUCAACCACAUCCUGGGUGGCCACGAGAAUCGCAUCAUCGACGUGGACGCCCUGUGUAUGGAGAACAGGUACCUUCAAGAGAGAUUAAAACAACUCCAUGAAGAGGUCAACCUCUUGAAAUCGAACAUCGCCAAAUACAAGAAUGCUCUUGAGAGACGGAAAAACUCAAAGGGCCAGGGCAAAGCCAGCAGCAGUGCUCUGACUGGGGUUCUGUCUGCGAAGCAAGUUCAGGAUCUGCUCUCUGAGGAUCACGGGUGCAGCCUCCCUGCUACGCCACAGUCCAUUUCGGACUUGAAAUCUCUGGCCACUGCCCUGUUGGAGACGAUACACGAGAAAAACAUGGUCAUUCAGCAUCAGAGACAAACCAACAAAAUCCUGGGGAAUCGAGUAGCUGAGUUGGAGAAAAAAUUAAGAACUCUAGAGGUUUCUGGUUUGUGGAGUCUUCCAGGGGGGAAGGAUACCAUACUGUUCAGCGACCCUGCUCUUUCCACUGUACAAAGAUCAAGAUCCCCACUGCUGAAGUUUGCUGAACAGCCCACAGAGAGCCCGCCAGACCCUAAGGAUGGGGAGACUCAGCAGCAGGAAGGAGAUGAAAGUUGUGUUGCUGCUGAGGUGGUGACAGCGCCCGAGGAUGCUGGGAGGCUCGCCGUCAGCUCCCCAGCAAAUCCGAGCCACAGGAGCCAAUGCAAGCACUUUCAUCCUUCAUUACCCCAGCUACUUUCUGAGGAGGAAGAAGUAAACAGGCUUGGAAGGGAAAUAAUUAAACUGACAAAGGAGCAAGCUGCUGCAGAAUUAGGAGGGGCUCAGAGAGAGAGUCCUCUGGAGGGACCGCGGGGCUCAUCUCCCUUGGGACUGGCCUCCAAGGGGGAGCUCCCUGAACACCUCCUGGACAGCUUGGCGCUGGCCCCCCAAGCCACCCAAGUGGCUGUCCUGGAAGACAGUAAAGGGGGCUCUGAGGGCAGGGACACAAACAGUGUCGUGCAAACAUGAAGGGGAACAAAUGCCCAUACGGUCAUACUUUGCAGGCACCAGGUUCAGCAAGAAAAGAAUGAAGCAUCAGAAUAUACACACAGGUCAUUUUUUCCUAAACACCUCAGCAAAUGAGGAAUGGCUUGGAUCCUGUUGCAAACUGUGAAUGUCCCAGCAAUGCCUGUGGGCUGUGAUUUAUUAAGUGGGAGUCCUCAAGCUUCUCGAGUGUCAUCUCUUUCUGCCAAGGAUAUGUGGCUGUGAACAGGGCCAGGCUGCCAUAUGGCCGGUCUUUGGCCUCUGUCUUUCUGUCAGCAUUUGUUUUAUUAGAGAUAAAAUAUUUCCUAUUGGCAUUUAAUGUCAUUGAUCAAAACUAUGGGAUGAGCUGCAAAUGGAGGGGGUUUUGAGUUGGGUCUAGUAAUGGGGAGGUGACUGGAGAGAAGGGUGGAUGGGAGCCCUGAGCAUUGUGCGUGUGCAGGGUCCCAGGGGCUCCCCAAGUGGGUGUUCUUGGCCUCCUGCCACCAGCACUGUGUCCAGGUGCUGACUGACGGACAGAAACAGACGGAAGCGCCCAAGAAAAUUGGGCUUCUGGUCAGAAAUCCAUCGCCCUGAGGGGGCCUAUUUGCAUCCUGCUAGAACUGAAUUUUCUAGACUGUUAAUCUGGGGGAUUAAUUGAUUGGAAGUGGUAGAGGAGGUGGGUCUGGAACUCCCAGAGGUAAUCCAAUUCUCUGCUUUUGAAAAGAGAUGAGAACUAGAAGUGGAAAUGCUUGUUUGCUUUAUUCAAUCUGUGCUAUAUGUAGGGUUUUGAGGCCACUCUGCGUUGGGGAAAGAGCUGGGUGGUGUCAGUAGAGCUGUCCUGAGCCGCCUGAGCUGAAAUUCUCGACUCCUUCAGUAGAAUGUGCCACCAGGUACUGGGACUGGAAAGGCAAGACGCUGAGCUCCUGGCCAUGAAAGGGCAAGAGAGGGCAGAAGGACCUCACCCAGCGUCGUGGGAAGAGUGGCCUGUAGAACCCAGGGCCAGGCCCAUGGGUGAGAAAGGAGGACAUGGCCGGCAGUACCUGGGUCUCCUAGGGAUGAGACCUAGCAGUUCUGCACUGCUCCCGGGGCUGCAGGAGUCCUGUGCCAUCAGGUUGGGGAGCCAGACUCCGCAUAUGUGUCUCUGAGAGCUGGUAGCAGACUGCACCACUCAGAAUGCCUCAGAGACCCAGCAGCACAUUGCAGACACCUUCCUGCAAAAGAAGGAAAGGCACCCAGGGGAGCAGAGGUGGAAAUUUGUCCUGAAACCUGGUUUAUACAGGCUCACCUAGGAGGGACACCUGCUCUUGGGAACUGGCCCAUACCAAUAUGUCCCUGUCAGGUCCCAUCUCCUGGUGACCUCUACUCCCAGGCAUCACAGUGCCGCACUCAGGAGGGGUACAGGGGCAGAGUGGGGCCUGGCCUGGGUCAGGUGUCCGCUUCAGGGCUUCCAGUGCACUCUGAGCUUCCCCACUUGGCAGAGCAGGAACAUGCUGGAGCCGGCGCCCUAUCACCUUGGGAUGCUCUGUCCAUCCUUCUCCAUUCCACAGGGUGCCUCUGCCCCUGGGCACACCCCAUCACAGGUCACUGGUGGGUCACUUCUGCAGCCACGGCACUCAACCAGCCCAGCACUCACAGAAGGAGCCAUCUUGUUGCACAGGCGUUGGCUGGCUGCCGAUGUUCAACUUGACCACCCAGAGCAACCAAGGGAAACAUCGAGGCUUAACACAGGGAUAACACAAAAAAGUCUCACCCUAGAGGAGCUCUACUUUGCCUUAGUCAUCCGGAGAUAUCCCUUUUGGGCCUGUUAAUGUCUUCGUGGUUAGUUUGGCUUGUGGCAAAGCCUAACACUUUCCAUCGGGGGCAGGGAAACUGAGUCCCAGAGAGGCUGGCUUUCAGAAGCUGGGGUCCGAGGAGCUGCAGCUUUAACAGUGCGAGUGCCCUCAGUCUGGAAGGCUCUUGUGUUCUUAGAUGGAAGAGGAGAUGAGUUUGAGCCUGACACCCAGGUAACCAUGGCAAUGUCCCAUUCACACAGGUGACACUGUCAUACCCUCUGCGGUCCCCACCCACAUGGUUUUCCGUUCCAUAGACAUUAAAGAAAGACUGGGCAGCUACUCAUGGUUGUCUUUUGUCUUUAUAACCAUUGCUGUGAAAGUGUGCAGCCCUCUUCCCCCACUCCACCAGAGAGCCCUGUGCAGUUCAUGGUCCUUUUGGCAACAAGUUACACCUGCAGAUACCUAACAAAACUACUGCAUCAUGAGAGCUGCAGAAGGAAAGUGUCCCCAAACUGUCUUGCAAGAAAGUCUCUGCUGACCUGAGUGUCCACCUCCCAUCUCUAUUGGCCUCUGUGUCAGCUACUUCCUCCUGAUAACAAGAUGAUUGCAAUAGCUUCAGGCAUCAUUUGUUCUCAGGUCUGUACAAAGGUAGAAGGAAGUUUCUUCUCACAGGCAUUUCUCACCCAGUUCCUGACACACAGAAUUGCUCAGAAGAGUAUGCCUGUGUCUAAGCCAGUUCCCAGCGAGCAGAAGGUCUGAUGAUGGGCUCAGGUACAUCAAGGUUUACCCUCUGAAUUGGGGUGGGGUCUUGUCCUGGAUAUGUAGGUACUACAAGGGUAACUGCCAAAGCAAAAUCAUGCCUUAGAGGUACAGAUUUAAGGAGACUUGAGUGGGUACCAAAAGCCCUGCCUCUGAGCCCUAGGGCUUCUUUCUUUGUUCCUGUUGUAAAAGCCAGAAUAUUAGAACUGUUGAGAAAAUGGCAUCCCCCCCCACUACGCCCGCUUCUCUGUGGUUGCCCUGUGUCACAGAGGUUUGUCCCCACCACUGCAGACCUGUCUGUCCUCUUGAGGCCCCUGCAGGCUUCAGAGUUGGGAUAAAUGACACAGGGCUGACAGGUCUCCUAAUGAAAGCCUGUUUGCACGCUCUGCACCCUUGUGAUUGCUCUGUACCUGUGAGCUGUUAGGUGUGGAGUGUUACAUACAGCAUUUGUCUUUUUUUAAUUAAGGCCUGCAGAAAGGAUCACUGUUUGUAAAGCAGGCAUCCCUUCCCUGGCUCUGUCCCUCCCUAUGCCUCUCGUACCUCCAUUCUGUAUGUGUGCAUUCCCACACACACACACACACCUGCCUUGUCUCUCCAAUCAACCAAACCCCAAGCUUCCCUGGCUAGGAGACCCCUAGCUGGUGGUGAGUGACUCAGCCCACCCUGCAGUCUUCUGCCUGCUGGCAACCAUAAUAAACUGAAUUAGUUCAGAUUUCCC